AUGAGCUACCUUCAAACGUACCUGGACACAUGUGAAUUGGGCAUGCGCUCUGAGCGAGCUAAGGUGUUUUGCAGAUGGAUGGAUGCGUGUAUCCAGCACCAGGUACUCCCAACUAGCGAACCCAUCCUCCAUGACGUCUUUACGCCAUCAUUCCACGGUUCCCGUAUUCUAGAUCUAUGCAACAACCCAUGCAACUGCAACAACAUGAUCUGUGGUUUGGCUUCUAUCAUGGACGACUCCGAUUAUUGGAAGCAGCCAGCAAGUAGAUUUGGAUCUAUGCUACUUGGAGUGAAGUAUGGUCCCUGUGUUCAUUACGUUCACGGGGGUGAAUAUCCCGUUUCUAUAUAUCGGUUCGUCAAUAGCAUCCAUAGGGAACUACACAAACCUCUUGAAAUCUUCGAACUGGACACGACCACACUUCCCCCAGACACGGCCGCUCUAUAUGACAAAUAUCGCGAGAUGCUAUGCCUAACCGAUGUUCAUUAUCAGUGGAGGACGAUGGGAGAUAUGAAUAGGAAAUAUCAGUGGGUCGACCUUAUCCACGGCACGACUGGAAGUUCUGGCGUACCUUUGACCCUCAAACUCACUUUUCGAUCCCAGAAUGUCAACUGCCGCCACUACUUUUUCGCUUAA